AGAGAGAGGCAGAGAGAGGGAGGGAGAGAAGAACAUCUGAGGCAGCUCCAGUCUUUCUUCUUUAACCACACCCACAGGCGCAUUUCUCGACGCCGCGCUUCGAUACCUGUCGAGAGGAGCCAAAUCUGUGCGUUAAAAGGACUGAAACGACAUCAAAGCUACAAGAAAAGCUGGAAAUAUAUGUCGCCGCGUGUCCUUCAACUUAUAAUGGACUAACGCUUCUUUUGGUCUGAAGACAAACCACAACCAGCAAGAGAAGAAUUCCAGAAAAGACAUAUUUGACUGACAGCCAAGGACAUGGACUGGAAGACCUUCCAGGCCCUCCUCAGUGGGGUGAACAAAUACUCCACGGCGUUCGGGCGGAUAUGGCUGUCUGUGGUGUUCGUGUUCCGGGUGAUGGUUUACGUGGUGGCAGCGGAGCGGGUGUGGGGCGACGAGCAGAAGGACUUUGACUGCAACACCAAGCAGCCAGGCUGCGCCAACGUCUGCUAUGACCACUUCUUCCCCAUCUCCCACAUCCGCCUGUGGGCCCUGCAGCUCAUCUUCGUCACCUGCCCGUCCUUCAUGGUGGUCAUGCACGUGGCGUACCGCGACGACCGCGAGCGCAAGUACAAGGCCAAGCAUGGUGACAACAAGCAGCUGUACAACAACACGGGGAAGAAGCACGGCGGCUUGUGGUGGACCUACCUGAUCAGCCUCUUCGUAAAGACGGGCAUCGAGGUCUCCUUCCUCUACAUCCUGCACCGCGUCUACGACAGCUUCUACCUGCCAAGACUAGUCAAGUGCGAGGUUGCGCCGUGCCCCAACCAGGUGGACUGCUACAUCGGCCACCCCACGGAGAAGAAGGUCUUCACCUACUUCAUGGUUGGAGCUUCGGCCCUCUGCAUCGUCCUGAACAUCUGCGAGAUCAUUUAUCUCAUCUCCAAACGCAUUGUGCGUAUUGCCAACAAGUUGAGGAGGCGCAAUCGCAACAUGGCCGUGCACCAUGACAACUACAGCGACGACCCCUUCAACAACUGCAACGUGACCACGUCGAGGCUGGACCUGAAGGAAAAGCCUCCAUCCUUCAAGAGUUCGUACAAGCCUUCAUACAGGCCAUCUGGACUCAAACUAGAAGAGAAGAUACGGGCCUCUGCUCCUAAUCUGUCCACGACUUCGUGAUUGAAACCAAAGUCAAAACCAGGCUGAAGAUCGAGAGAUCGGCAGUGCUUGGUGCUAGAAGCCAAUAACAAACCUCCGAAAACAGACUCAGAACUAUGAGUAAAACUACAGUAUGUGUCAGACCCUGGAAGCUGACUCAUCAGUGCUGGAUUCUUCCUGUGGGCCCCUGUGUCUACAUCCAAGACUCUUUUUGAGCGCCUGAACUUUGGUUUCCAAGUCAACAUCCACAAUAUUUACAAGUCAGCUAGAGCCAAAUUGAUUUGUUAAUGAUAUGUGGGUUUCUUUUUUGAAUACAGGAAAGGUCUGUGUACCUUUUUCAACUUCACCCCUUCACCCGCAGUAGAACAUUCCACUGAGGCGUCUCUGUCUUUCGUGUGAUUGGAGCUUUGACACGGGAGGGGAAGGAAAUGAAACACUGCACACAAGAAGGCAGGACACACCUGGCGGAGGUAUUCGCCCUCCCUGGCAGUGUCCACAGUGGUGUGUCACGGCGUUCUGUUGUCGCUGAAUGUCAGAAACACGUUUCAGUGAUAUAUCUCAUUGAACUGACCUGAAAUCACAGCUUCAGCUUCACAUUUUGCUGUCCUGGUGACCCACAGUCAUUGGAGGAUGGUAGACGAUUCUGCAUUGGAGUGAGGACCCUCCGAAGUCAUAGUUAUGGCUGAGUUAAUACUUGAAGGUUUGCAAACUGGCCAAAAGAAUGAGUUUUUCGCUGCAUUUAUUUCCUCAGAUAAGAUUUGUUACUGCGACGAACUACACAUAUCAUCAGUAUAUUUCUCUGUCUAAAGCAGGCAUAUGCUUGGUCUCAGAUUUUGGCUGCACGGCCACACGUUGUACAUAGACUGCCUGUGUUUUGACAUGCUUGUACACAACGUCGCCUCAUCCAAGACCACUGUUGAUUCAAAUAAGGCGAAAGGUAUGCUGCUGUUUAAUUCUGUGUUGUUAGAGCUGGAGCACAGUGGAGGAGGUGGGAGAACGGUUGGACAAACAGACAGCUCAUUGGAACUAUUGCAUAUUUGUGUGAGUCCUUAAUCGUCCACUGUGGACAUCAGGUGGAAAUGUUUUCUUGUGCACUUGUUUGUGUCGAAUUGUUUUUAUAAAUCUGGAUAUAUUAAACUUAUUGAAUAUG